AUGAGUCGCGUGGCCGACAUUUUAGGUGAAGCUGGCCAUAAAGUGACCUACUUGGAGCCACUUUUCGUCGAGAAAGUCGCCGCGAAGGGGCCGAUUAAUAGGAAUGUUCAAAUCAUCGAAGUGCCACGCUCGAAAUUCAUCAUUCAUUUAUUCACCGCACAGAAAUCUGAUUCAAGCGGUUCGGCGAGAUGGGAAACGACAACGCUUACCGAUUUUUGGGUCACGAAAAAAUACAUCGAUCUGCUUCGAGUGGCCGCGUUGGAUUCAUUGGAACGUAUAAUUACGGACGAGAUGAUGAUGAAUCGCUUGAAAGCUCUUCAAUUUGAUGUAGCUAUUACACAACCCGUUGAAUGGAGUGGAUAUGGUCUUUUCUAUCGUUUGGGUUUAAAGAAGUACCUAACUGUUUUCUCAACAUCACCCGGCAUGACCUAUUCGACGAUUUUCGGAGCUCCGUAUGCGAUUAGUUAUGCUCCAGUGUCAGGAUUGGAAAAGAGGGAAAAGUUGAAUGAGGAAUUUGAUGAGAUUCUAAAUCAACGAGCUCAUACGAUUUUCAUCUCAUUCGGCUCAAUGGCUCGCUCGGUGGAUAUGCCGAGAAUCUCAAAGGAAACACUGAUCAAAGUGAUGAAUAUG